CGAAGAAGAAACAGCCAAACACAAACAAGAAGAAGAAGAAGAAGAAGAAGUAUAGAGUGGCAGACUGGAAUAGACUCUGAAACAUAUUUCACACAGAGUGAAAGCUUAGCUUGACCGCAGCCAUGGACGUAGUGCUGUAUCUGAUAGCGGCGGCUAUUCUCAUUGUCCUCAUUGCGUUCGCGGUAAAGGUCCGGAGGAAAACUCAGGACGCUGAUGAGGAGCAGCAGCGGGAUGUUGUCCGAGCUGCGGGUCCUCCUCCGCGAGCAGCAGAGGAGCGAGGAGAAGGCAUGCCCCGCAGGAGGAGGAACAUGGCCACAGCGAUGGCUCACAGGCGACCACAAAGAGAGGCUGUGGAACAUGUGGAGGAACAGGUGGCUGAAGAGGAGGCAGGGGAGGAGGAGCAGCAAAACUUCCAACCAACUGCAAAAAUAGGAGCCAAGAAGCAGAGGAAGCUGGAGGAGAAACAGGCUAAGAAAGCCCAGAGAGAGGCAGAGUUGGAAGAGAGGGAGGAGAGGAAGAGGAUGCAGGAGCUUAGGGAGCAGGAGAGACGACAGGAAGAAGAGAGAGAGCGGCUGCAGGAACAGAAACAGGAGGAAAUGGAACGUCGGGCCAAAGAAGAACAGGAGAGACAAGAGGAGGAGGAGUACCUAAAACUUAAGGCCUCCUUCAUCGUAGAGGACCAGGGAGAGGAGGAGCAGCUCAGUGAAGACCAGUCACGAAAUCUGUUGCAAGAAUUCAUCCAGUACAUUCAGAACAAUAAGGUGGUUCUCUUGGAGGACCUGGCUUCUCAUUUUGGCAUGAGGACACAGGAUGCUAUUGCCAGACUACAGGACCUGCUAGCAGACGGUUCCCUUACUGGAGUGAUUGAUGACAGAGGAAAGUUUAUCUCCAUCACUUCAGAGGAGAUGGACUCAGUGGCUCGGUUCAUCAAACAGAGAGGCAGGGUUUCCAUCACAGAGCUGGCCCAAGCCAGUAACUCUCUCAUCAACCUGAACCCUGAGAGCCGCAGCAACGCCUGAUGGACAGCUGAAUCUGAAAUCUCAGAUCUGAUACUGGUUGCUGUUUUAUUUUAACUUAUUAAACCCAUCAGACCAACCUGUGGUUGAUCUGCAGGUGUGAUGUGCAUCAUCCAGCUGCUGGCAAGGUUUAAGCAGUUCUCUGCAUUAAACUUCAACCAUACAGAAACAUAUAGUCUAAUUAACAUGAUCUUUAUUACACAGUCUAAUACUGAAACAUGAAGUGGAAGACUUAAAGGUCUCAGUUCAUGAUAAAGUCCAUGAGCCUAAAUAAAGUCUUAAAGGUAGAGCUGGAUCUCA